AUGGUUCGCUUCGGCGGCGUCCCCAUGGCGAACGAGUCGUCGGAGGACCCCACCCUGGAGCGGACGUUCCGCGGGCACAAAGACGCGGUCACGUGCUGCGCGUUCAACCCGAACAUGAAGCAGCUCAUCACGUCGUCGAACGACAACUCGCUCAUGAUCUGGAACUUCAAGCCGCAGAUGCGCGCGUAUCGCUUCACGGGGCACAAGGACGCCGUCACGACCGUGGCGUACAACCCGACGGGAGGCUCCAUCGCGUCCGGAAGCAAGGACUGCACGAUCCGCCUCUGGACGCCCUCCGUCGUCGGCCUGUACACGCCCAAGGUGCUCAAGGCGCACUCGGCGUGCGUGCGCUCCGUCGAAUUCUCGGAAAACGGCGAGAGCCUCGUCUCGGCGUCGGACGAUAAGACGAUCAAGCUGUGGUCCGCGCGGGACGGCAAGUUCCUGUCCACGCUCACCGGGCACACGAACUGGGUCAAGUGCGCGAGCUUCUCCCCGGAGAGCAACGCCGCGGUGUCCGCGUCGGACGACAAGACGGUGAGACUGUGGGACGUGAAAGCCGGACGCUGCGUCUACGUGAUCGACGACCACUUCAGCGCGGUGAACAGCUGUAAGUUUCACCCGGACGGCACGUGCAUCGCGUCCGCGGGGGACGACUGCGUCGUUCAGCUCUGGGACGUGCGAUCGAAGAAGCUCGUGCAGCACUACGACGGCGCGCACGGCGCGCGCGUCAACUCGGUGUCGUUUCACCCGAGCGGAAAUUUCCUCCUCACGUCGAGCGACGACGGAUCGAUCAAGGUGUGGGAUCUGCGCGAGGGACAGCUGUUUUACACCCUCAACGGGCACGAGGGCGCGGUCCUCAACGCGGAGUUCUCCCCGGCCGGGGACUACUUCGCGUCCGGAGGGAACGACGACCAGGUCAUGGUGUGGAAGACGAACUUUGACCGCGUCCUCGGCGAUUACAGCGGCGGCGAAAACAAACCGCCGGCGAUCGAGCCCGCGUCCAAAUCCGCGCCGGGCGGGAAGGAGAACGCGGGCGAGGGCAUCAUCCCCGUGCCGUCGCCGCAGAAGAAGCCGGCGUCGGCGUCGGCGUCGGGCGGGAAGAAGCCGUCCACCGCGCCCGCGCGGAGCGUGAGCACGCCGCAGAAGACGCCGCCGCGGGUGCGGACCAAGGCGCCCGCGCCCGCGGCGGCCGCGUCGCCGCUGCCGCAGCCCGCGUCGCCGCUGCCGCAGCCGCCCGCGGCGCCGGAGCACCCGUCCGCGCCGCCGAUGCCGGACGCGCCGCCGGUGACCGCGAUCGACGACGCGGUCACGUCGACGCUCGGGCACAUCGUCGGGCAGCUCGACGUGCUCACGCAGACGAUGCAGCUGUUGGAGGAGAGGCUGAGCAUGAACGAGGACAAGGUGAACAGGAUGGUGAACAUCAUCGGCGCCGCCGCGGCGAGGAGUACCGCGGCCGCGGAGGAGCAGGAGGCGCAGGCGGCGAAAUGA